AUGGAAGGCAUAUCGAAGAAAAGAUUUUGUCAGCUAAAAUGGUCCAGCGCCGCUACAUCCAACCAAUUCCGCUUCUUCAUUGGACCGGAAAAACGUGAAUAUAUUAUAUAUUUUUACCUCGUUGUUGAGCAGUUUGCUGUUUUAAGGAUUAUGGUGCAUGGGGAGUUUAAAGAAGCAAAAGAUGGAUUAGUCACGUGGGACGAUAUUGAUGAGAGGACCUUUUUGAGCUUUUGGCACCACGUCUAUACCGGAGAUUACGAUGACCCAGAACCGGUUGUUGAAGCGGAGGCAGAUGUUGACGCUGGCUCCAUCGAAGAUAAAGGUGUUACGGAAGUGGAUGAUCCCAACGACCACUCGAUCCAAGCCACAACUGCUGAGGAGCCUGGGCUUAAGUUUUAA